AUGCCGCAUUUUGAAGCACCAUCCCCCUCAGUUCCUCUAUAUGUCAAUGACGGGUUGCUUAAUCCGGAUCAAGUUGGCUACCUACAUGCAUCAUCUCCAAACGAACCUCUAGAGGAGCUUCGUCAGCGUCUCGAACGGGAUGGCUAUCUUUUCCUGAAGGGUCUCCUCCCGCGUGACGAUGUCCUCAAAGCGAGAGAAGAUUAUUUCACCUACCUGGCACCCAGUGGCGUUCUUGCCCCAGGCACCCUCCCUGUCGAUGGUAUAUUCGACGAGAAAAAGGAUAGAGGCGCGGGUUCCACUGACGCUAACGGGCGACCUCGUGGUGGCCUCUUCGUGGACCUUGCACUGAAAGCCCAUUCUGAACCUUGGUACAAGGAUGGGUUCUGUAAGCACCCGGCGCUUCACUCAUUCAUUGCCAAGAUCACGGGAUGGGGCGAUGAUAACACCCUCGGACUCACUAGAUCGCUUCUAAGGAACAAUACACCACAUAAUAAGGCGAUUGGUGUGCACUAUGACCAGAUAUUCCUCCGACAUGGUGAAGAUAACAGCAUGACUGCGUGGGUCCCCAUGGGCGAUAUCGCUUUGGACGGUGGCGGGCUUAUAUAUUUGGAGAAUGGACACAGGCUCGGCCAGCAGAUAGAAAAGGAUUUCUAUGACAAGGCUAGGCAGACCGGGUUGACAGAAGAGGAGGCCAAGAACGCGUUCAACAAGAACAUGAUGGAUGGCGGGCUGAUUUCGGACGGCGCAAAAGAAUUUGCUACAGAACACGCUCGAAGGUGGCUUGUCACGGACUAUCAAGCCGGGGAUGUCGUGUUGCACACGCCUUAUAUGAUCCACGCGUCGACAAUCAAUAAGGACCCGAAGAAUGUUAUCCGCCUCGGCACAGAUCUGAGAUUUGUAGACUCAUCGAGAUCCGAUGGACAAAUGUCUACGCGUUCGGAGACGGAGUAUAAUGUUGGUGAAAAUGAAGGAUGA